AUGGAUUGCAGCAAAUUGGUAGAAGAUGGGACCCCUGAGUUAGAAAUGGAGUUCAACAGUGAAGAUGAUGCGUACAAAUUUUACAACAAAUAUGCCUUUAAAAUGGGUUUCAGCGUAUGCAAAGACUAUCUAAAUAAAGACAAAAACGGUGUGACCACGUAUAGGAGAUAUAGUUGUUGCAAAGAAAGCGUGAAACGCAAGUACGAAAGUGAUGUGAUGCCAAAGAGGACACGGACGCUGACGAAAACAGGAUGUGGAGUUAAAAUAAUUAUCGUGUUGCAUAGAGGGACAAUGAAAUACCGUGUACAUGACCUUGUCUUAGAGCAUAAUCAUGAGUUGCACAUUGCUCAAUGUUCGCACAUGAUGCCAUUACAAAGAAAAGUGAGUGAGGUUCAAGGAUUCAAAAUUGAAAUAAGUGAGGAUGCCGGGUUUUCACUGAAACAGAGUCAUGAACUUGUGGGAAAGGAGGUAGGUGAGAUGGGCAAUAUGGGAUAUACUCGGGAUGACUUUAAGCAAUAUCUUUGUACGAAACGGGAAAGGAGUUUGAAAUAUGGAUAA